UUGCAGCUAUUCCCACCCAACACCAAAGUUAUCAUAAACUCCCAUUUCCCCCCCCAAAACCUACUCAAAGUCAAGAAAUAGUGAUGCAAUGUGAACCAAACCUACUUUCUGUCUUUCUGUCAGCAACUCAUAAAGUUAAUUCAAUUAAUUAUCCACCUCUUUUUGAAAAAAUGCUUAUCCUUUUACUUACCUUUCUUCUCUAUCUAAAUCUUUCCACAUACUAACAAAAUCACACACCAUUAAGUCUCAAAACAAAGUUCUAACAAGGUAGUGAUCAUUAAUCAUUAAUCAAACAAUAUGUUACAUGACAACCUUAAACCACAGAUAGCUUAUUUAACAUAAAACCUCAAAAAGGGUGUAUCUCUUUUUUUAGCUUUUGUUCAAGAAUUCAUAAUUCAGACAUGAACUCCUUCCAUCUCCUCUUUUCUAUGUUUUUUUUCAUUGCCUUUUCAAUUUCACAAACUGUUCUUGGAAAUGCAGAGCUAAGAGCUUUGAUGGAUUUGAAAGCCUCUCUUGAUCCAGAGGGAAAGAUUCUUACCUCAUGGAUCGGUGAUGGUAAUCCAUGCAGUGGUUCAUUUGAAGGGAUUGCUUGCAAUGAACAUUGGAAAGUGGCUAAUAUCUCUUUGCAGGGAAAGGGACUUUUUGGAUCAUUAUCUUCAUCUGUAGCUGAACUCAAAUGCUUGUCAGGGUUAUACUUGCAUUAUAACAAUCUUUCUGGUGAGAUACCAUCACAGAUUUCAAAUCUUACUGAACUUGUUGAUCUCUAUCUUGAUGUUAAUAGUCUUUCUGGAAGAAUUCCUCCUGAGAUUGGCAACAUGGCUAGUCUCCAAGUACUUCAGUUGGGAGAUAAUCAAUUGGUAGGGAAUAUACCUACACAGAUGGGUUCCUUAAAGCAACUUACAACUCUUGCUUUGCAAUAUAACAAGUUAACUGGUCAAAUUCCUCUUAGCUUAGGGAACUUGGAAAAUCUAAGCAGGCUAAAUUUGAGCUUCAACAAUUUCAGUGGUGCUAUUCCAGCAACUCUAGCCAAUAUUGCACAUUUGGAAGUUCUAGACAUCCAAAACAAUUCUUUGUCGGGAACUGUUCCUUCUGUGUUGCAGAGACUUGGGGAAGGAUUCCAAGGGGCAAACAACCAAGGUUUAUGUGGAGUAGGGAUUUCUACUUUGAGAGCUUGCAACAAAGAACCAGAUUUAAACGUCAGCAACAUUGAUACCUCGGAUCAAGACCACCUCAAAAAUAGUAAUCCUGCAACGCCUCGCCCGGAGCCUGCGAAUUUCCAAAUGCAUUGUAACCAGAAACAUUGCUCAAAAUCAAGAAGUGUUCCUACAAGUGUCAUCACAGCGAGUGUUAUAGCCAUCAUCACACUCACAAUCAUAGGUGCUGGAUUAUUUACAUUCGUCAAAUACCGCCGUCGAAAGCAGAAAAUUUCAUCCAACUCUUCUGAAGGGAAACUUAGUCCUCAGCAACCUAAAGAGUUAUACCAAAAAAGUCCAUCUACACUUGUUAAUCUUGACUAUUAUAAUGGAUGUUAUCCAAUGCCUGAUGAUCAAAAUGCCGGUGGAUUAUCAAAUGAAUAUCUAAACCAGUUUAGGUUUAAUGUAGAUGAAGUCGAAUCUGCAACACAGUAUUUUUCAGAAGUGAAUUUAUUGCGUAAGAGCAAAUUCUCGGCAACGUAUAAGGGAGUUCUCAGAGAUGGUUCUCUUGUGGCUAUUACAAGCAUUAACAUGUCAUGCUGCAAAACUGAGGAAGCCGAAUUUGUAAAGGGAUUGAGCUUAUUAACCUCACUUAGACAUGAAAACGUUGUCAAGCUAAGAGGUUUCUGUUGCUCAAGUAGUAGAGGUGAAUGUUACCUUAUCAACGACUUUGCUAUGAUGGGUGACCUGUCCCAAUAUCUUGACAUAGAAGAUAGAAGUGGCCAUUUGCUUGACUGGUCCAAGAGGGUUACUAUCAUCAAGGGCAUUGCAAAGGGUAUAGGAUAUCUGCACAGCAAUGAAGCAAGCAAACCUACGAUAGUACACCAGAAUAUUUCAGUGGAGAAUGUUCUCCUUGACAAAGAUUUUAAUCCUUUGAUCAUGAAUGCGGGACUUCCCAAGCUUCUUGCAGACGAUGUAGUUUUCUCGGCUCUAAAAGUAAGUGCUGCAAUGGGAUACCUAGCUCCCGAAUACAUUACUACGGGACGCUUUACCGAGAAGAGCGACAUAUACGCAUUUGGAGUUAUUGUACUUCAAGUUUUAUCUGGCAAGACAGCGAUAGGCGGUUCAAUCCGGACGGCAUUUCAAUCUUUCAAAUUUGAUGAUUGCAUCGACACAAAUCUUAAGGGAAGAUAUUCUAAUUCUGAAGCAAGCAUUCUUACAAAGCUUGGAAUGCAAUGUAUCCAUGAGAGCCCCGAUGAAAGACCAAACAUGGUGGAUGUGAUUCAGGAGCUAAGUGUGUUUCCGGCUCAUUCAUUAUGAUCUACUAAUUCUAAUUGCUAGGUUUCAUCCAUUGCUGUUAUUUAUUCCAUGAGCAUGUAAUAAAGUUAUCUAAGUUAGUGAUUGCCAAAUAAUUGUAAAUUUCACUAGAAGCCUUUUAUUCAGUCAGUCAUAUAAAAACUUUUACAACAUACACAUGUUUAUUUGUAUAACUGUUGUUGAAAAAUAUGAAAGUAAGAAAGCAUUAGUAA